UGCUAAUCUUCUAAUCUCCACCCUGUGUGUUCCCCCCGCUCCCUUCUUAUACACCGCCAGCGGCCUGUGGCCACACUCCAGACUCCACUAAAGCAAGCCAUGGCGCCUCACGCGGCGCUGCUCCUCCUCCUGCUCGCCGCUUCCAAUGCCGCCGCGCUCGCCAAGACCGUGGAGUACCACAGCUUCGUGGCCACCCCGCUCUCGCCCCACCCGUACACCGCCCCGGCUGUGACCGGCGCAGACGACGAGGACGUCUUCGGCGGCAGUCUCGCCGCAGCGGAGGAUGCCGCCGCGGUGCGCUUCCGCGUGGUCCACCGCGACGCGUUCGCGGUGAACGCCACCGCGGCCGAGCUGCUCAAGCACCGGCUGCGGCGGGACAAGCGGAGGGCGGCGCGGAUCUCGAAGGAGGCCGCCGGUGGCGCGGCAGCCAACGGGACAAGCCGCGGCGGCGGGGUCGCGGCGCCGGUGGUGUCCGGGCUCGCGGAGGGGAGCGGCGAGUACUUCACCAAGAUCGGCGUGGGCACCCCCGCCACGCCGGCGCUGAUGGUACUGGACACCGGCAGCGACGUGGUGUGGCUGCAGUGCGCCCCGUGCCGCCGGUGCUACGACCAGUCGGGCCCGGUGUUCGACCCGCGGCGCUCCAGCUCGUACGGCGCCGUCGACUGCGCCGCGCCGCUGUGCCGCAGGCUGGACUCGGGCGGCUGCGACCUGCGCCGCCGCGCGUGCAUGUACCAGGUGGCCUACGGCGACGGGUCCGUGACGGCGGGCGACUUCGCCACCGAGACGCUCACCUUCGCGGGGGGCGCCCGCGUGGCGCGCGUGGCGCUCGGGUGCGGCCACGACAACGAGGGCCUGUUCGUCGCCGCCGCAGGGCUCCUGGGCCUCGGCCGCGGCAGCCUGUCGUUCCCGACCCAGAUCUCCCGCCGCUACGGCCGGAGCUUCUCCUACUGCCUCGUCGACCGCACCUCCUCGGCGUCGUCGGCGUCGUCCGGCAACCAGGCGGGCUCCCGCUCCUCCACCGUCACCUUCGGCCCGGGCGCCGUUGGCCCCUCCGCGUCGGCGUCCUUCACCCCGAUGGUCCGCAACCCGCGCAUGGAGACCUUCUACUACGUGCAGCUCGUGGGCAUCAGCGUGGGCGGCGCGCGCGUCCCGGGCGUCGCCGAGUCCGACCUCCGCCUCGACCCCUCCACGGGCCGCGGCGGCGUCAUCGUGGACUCGGGCACCUCCGUGACCCGCCUCGCCCGGCCCGCCUACUCCGCGCUCCGCGACGCGUUCCGCGGCGCGGCGGCGGGGCUCCGCCUCUCCCCCAGCGGGUUCUCGCUCUUCGACACGUGCUACGACCUGGGCGGGCGCAAGGUGGUGAAGGUCCCCACGGUGUCGAUGCACUUCGCGGGCGGCGCAGAGGCGGCCCUGCCCCCCGAGAACUACCUGAUCCCCGUGGAUUCCAAGGGCACCUUCUGCUUCGCGUUCGCGGGCACCGACGGCGGCGUGUCCAUCAUCGGCAACAUCCAGCAGCAGGGGUUCCGCGUGGUGUUCGACGGCGACGGCCAGCGCGUCGGGUUCGCGCCCAAGGGCUGCUGAGCUUGCUGAGGGCGAGGAGCAACGCGCCGCGCCGUAGGAGCAGAGGAGCAGCAGGAGCGGCGCGGUUAGUUAAUUAGUGGGUGAUUAGCGGGUAAAAAGAAGCGAGCCGCCUUGUUAGUCAUAAUUAACGGAGGAUGUCAGUGAGUGUGAGCUUUGGAUGCUGUUAAAAGAAAAGAAAAGGCAAGCGCUGGGCAGUGCGCGGGGUUUGUCUCUCUUGACAGUGUUGGAGUAGUAGCUUUUGGUGCGCGAGAGGAUAUCAGGAUAAGGCGGUUGGGUUGGUCGACGAAGGCUGUAAAAGGCCCUGUAAAAGUGCUUGGGUUAAGAUAAGAAAAGUGUGCUUAUGAGACUGGCCCUCUA